AUGGUUUCCACACUCUCCUCCUCCUCCUCGGGAGGGAUCCGCGAACGCUCCGCCGUCCUCCUAACACGCACCCGUACGAAAUACCGCUGGCCGCCCCUCCAAUUGAAUUUCUGGAUCUUCAUCAUGUUAAUCGCAUCCUCGACCAUCCUCGGAAUAUCUGCCUACUUCCUGUCCGUACAAAACCAAUUACAUCUACGCGUGCCGUGGUAUUUCCCUUACUGGGUUGUAUCGGCCGCUCUUGGUAUUGUAUUCCUAUUGAUUAUGUUAUGGUUGAUUUCGCAACGGCAAUUGCUUCCUGGCAUUGUUAUACUCGGGACGUUUAUUCUGUUUGUGUUGUGGUUGGUUGGGUUGAUCGUUUGGUCGAUUGAGCUUUGGGGUCCGACGGGUUCUGUCAAUGGAAAUUGUAAUUUGUACGUUACUGCGAAUCCUCAGAGCGGUGCGUCUACAAACACGUUGGCCUGGUUACAGCAAAAGUCGAUAUGUCAAAGUUGGAUUGCUGCUUGGGCUUUCGAGUUGAUCGGGGUUGUAUUUCUGUUUUGGAUGAUGAUUAUGAGUUAUCAGGUUUACAGAAUGGAUGAAUGA